AUGACAAUAAAAGUUUAUAUGACAAAUAUAACUAGUAAUCAAUUAAUCAUUGGUAAUCAACGAAAAUUAAAACAUAUUUUAGACGCUAAUAAAAUAGAUUAUAUUGAUAUUGAUGUUAGUGAUCCAAAAAAUAUUGAUGAAAAAGAAUUUUUACAACGUACAUUAAUAUCAUCAAAAAAAAUAUUACAUUUACCACAAAUAUUUAUUGAUGAACAAUAUUGUUGUGAUUUUGAUGAUUUAUUAUCUGCUGUUGAAUCAAAUACACUUAAAGAAAUAUUAAAAUUAGAUAAUUAA